GAAAGCAAGAGCGACCUUGAGCGCUAUGUGUUAGCAAACUAUUCCAGGCAGGAGAUACUGGAUUUUGCUAGUCGGGACUUCCCUGAGUAUGCCUGGAGUCUGCCUACACUUAGCAGAAGAUUACAUUUUUUCGGAAUCAAAUACGUUCGGUACGAAACCAACGUUGAAGAUGUGAAGAAAGCAAUCGACGAGGAAAUGGAGGGUCCAGGGCAGUAUCUAGGGUAUCGAGCAAUGCAGAGAAAAAUACGAGAGCAACAUAAAUUGGCUGUCCCUCGCAAUCUGGUCCAUGAUGUUAUGGGUAUGGUGGACCCCGAAGGACUGACUAGGCGAGGGAAUGUUGGUCAAAAAAAACGACAAAGAGGAGCUACUGGAACGUUCACAUCAUUGGUAAGUUCUCCCACCUUUUUGUGGCAGGUGCCCAAAUAUGUAAAAUUCAUUGAAGCAUUUCCCCUGAUCCCUUAGAGUAAGCCGUUGCAAAGUAGAGUAAAUAUAUGGGAUCAAAUGGCAUGUUAUGGCAACCUACCUCGAACCAUCCAACUUGUCUGCCUGUGCUUUUAUCAUGAAUUUCAAACUAGUGUAACAUGUUUUUAGACAUCUGGAAAAGACAUUUUAAAGGCAACGCAAGUAACUGGGGUAUCUGUGUGAUAAAAGCUCUCAUUAUCUUGCUUGUCCUUUUAAAGAUUGCCAAACAAAAUCCAUAUCAGGACAUUCUGGUGAUAAUAUAUGUUGAUCUCAACUUGCUUAUGCAUGCCUGCCUAUAGGUACAAAUACUUGACUGAUGGUCCAGGUCUUUUUGAUUAUCCAAAACAUGGUGGAUUUGGACACAAGCAAACCUGCUUCCCUUCCCCAUUCUUUUCGUCUUUCAGUUUGGUGAGUUCCCAUAAAUUUUCUGAACUUCCCCAAUCCGAUCAGCCAAGGAUCCCCCUUCUGUAAUAGGCUUAUGAUCAUAGUGUCAUGUCAUAGUAGUUAUUUUAUUAUGUUGUCUUGUAUACAGGGACCUAAUCACACUCAUUCCGGGGAUGGCCACGACAAGCUAAUGGGUUUCAUGAAUAGCACUUUUCCUUUAGCAGUUUACGGCUUGCAAGAUACCUUUAGUGCAUACAUUUUGUAUCUGAAAUUAUGGACCACAAACUCUGACCCUAAGCUUAUUAGUCGUUGGUACAUGGAUCAUCUGUACAAAACAAAAGGUAACAUUGGUCCUGUAUGCAAAAUAUAUACAAUGGCAAUUGCAGACUGAUCAUGAUACAGUCAAAGCUGAAUCAUAGUUAACUAUGGUUAAGCUCUACAUCCCGGGGAGGGGUACUCCCAUAUAUAAAGCUUAUAGGUAUGUGCUGCUGUGAAGGGUAGGGUUCUUGAGCAGUUUAGUCUAGGAUAGGGUAUUAAAAAUCAGAAUAGGGUAUCCUUUACCGUAUAAGCAACUUCCUCUGACAGAAAUAAAGUUCCUGGAGACUAGCGAGUCUGGAAUAGGGUGGUAAUUUUACGCAUCUAGUCUAGAAGAGAGUCGCAAAAUUCAAACAUGAUCCAAUAUAGGGUAAGGGUCUCAGAGUCCCAGAGUCCCAGAGUCCCCCCCCCCCGGGCUCUACAUACAUGUACGAUUUUUUACGCUUUAUUUAUUUAUUUAUUUUAUUAUCUUUUUUUCAUUCAAGUUAUCAGUAAAUAUCUGAGGCUGGAUAAAGGAACUGAGACAGGGCACAUGGCUACUAUUCACGCUUUUUUAAGGCAAGAGCAAGAUGAGGAGGCAGAUACAGUUUUUUAUGGUCCUUCAACAAAUAACAAGGUAAGGCAG